GCAGAACAAGAAUUUUGAGCAAGUUCGCUGCAAGAGUCGGUGAAAGCGGAACUCUCUUGUAAUGGCGUUGUUUUUUGGAGUUUUUUCUUUAUUAUUUGCCCUUAUUCCUGGGUCUUUUGCAUCCGAAGUUCCAGUAGGCCAUUUAAAACCGCUAGGUUCGCAUCGACCGCCGUCUACUGACCUCAUAGAUGAAAUAGAGGGCUUCCCAAGUCCUCAAGACUUUUGGGAGAAAUGGGUGAAGCCAUCAAGAGCUCUUGUACUUCGUGGAGCAGCCAAGCACUCGGAAGCUUUUACAAAAUGGACAGAUGAGUACCUUAAAGAAAACUACGGAGAUUUAGAAGUGAGACUUGAAGGGAAGAAAGAAAAAUCUGGUCGAAUUCCGUCUGGGGCUAUGGGGGUCGGACGAGAUACUAUUGGUAAUUUUGUUGACAAUGCCCACAAACCAGGAGCUAAAUCAUACAUUGUGUCUGAUAUGCCAUCUCCCAUGUACAAAGACUUUGCCGUUAUCCCUCCUCUCACUUGUGGCACGUUCAAGGAUUACUUAGUUGAGGUCGACCUCUGGCUCAGCGGGGGUGGUACUGCUAGUAUUAUGCACAAAGAUGCCUUUAACGCCAUUAAUUGCUUGAUGAAUGGCACCAAAGUCUGGAAGAUGAUUGAGUAUAAGUAUGAGGACAAGAUCUACAAAGCUUGGGAACCACCAGAGAUGGUUGGAGGGUUUUCAAAGAUCAAUGUUCAGAAUGUUGAUCUUCUCAAGUACCCCAAAGUGGCAGAAGUACCGUGGUCACUAGUCACAAUUAAUGCUGGCGACUGUCUUUUUCUGCCUAAAAGUUACUACCACCAGGUAACAUCUUCAGGGGAUACAAAUGCAGCAGUGGCUCUGUUAUUCUCACGCUUUGACCACAUGGAUAACCUGGACUUUAGCGACUGCAACAGAGAACUCAAGCCAACGCCCCUCAGUGAGAUGGACAUUGAUUGGAAGUAUAGCGGCCAUGGAAACCUAACAAUGGGAAAUACUGAUGUUGGCAUCGUCAAACAUUCUAUGACGUUAUUGUUUGAGGGAAAAGAUAGACUGGACAAGAAAUCUUUGAUGGCAAUGGAGCAUAAACCGCUUACCACAGAACAAAAGGCCAAGAAACAAUACUAUAUCGGUUAUUGCCGACCUCAUGUAGAAAAGAUCUGGGAGAUGCUUGAUGGUGACAAGCAUGGCUUUAUCACUCUACAACAAGUCCAGAACUUGACAAGAGACCAGAUGCGCAAGUUUAUAAUUGCAGCUGAGGGCACUGAUAUCACCAAUCUACCAGAGCAUGAGUAUGGACAUGUGGAUCUAAAUGAACUCAUAGAAACUAUUAAGGGCAUCUUAAAGGCGGAAAAGCAGAUGAAGAAAGAUACAUUUGUUAGACGUUACAUGGAUUCACCAUUGUUUGGUUCAGAGUUGUUUGCCAACAAGUUGUUCAAGGUACUGGAUUCUGAUGGCGAUGAUGUUAUGACGAGGGAGGAGUUCAAGAGUAAUAAGAAGAAAGCCCUGGAGCCGUACUUUGUAUGGAGCGACUACGCUGGUGAUCGACGUGACCAAGUCGAAGAUGCGCCUGAUGUUGACUUGUCUAAUGACGCCUACCUGGAUCCCAGGCAAGAGGAAGAAGAAGAAGAUCCCGAGGUUAAUGGUGGAGAACCCGGUGAGAACGAGGCAGAGCCUGAAGGAGAGACAGAAGAAGCAGAAGAACGCGAGGAGGAAUCAACCGAGGAAGGACAUCCAGGUUCUACGCAUGAAGAGCUCUGAUGACCGCGAGGUAGCAUGUUAACUAAGUUUGGGUAAUAGCUAGUCAUCUUGGUAUAUUGUCUCUUUAUGAGUCUCGACUUAAAACGGCAAUCGCACCAGUUAACUUCCAUAGGGCAGACCUAAACCUCCGCUUUAAAUUAUAAGUCACAUCCUCAAA